AUGGCGGAGAAUGGUAAAUUGGAUGCGGACGUUAGUGGACUUAUCACCCAAACAGUAUGCGUGAUUGGCUGUGGGGAGCCCUGGGACGUCCGCGGGGUGCGUUGGGCGCUUUAUAAAUGCAAGUGGGCGCUUCGAUCGGGCGCCCUGGCCCCACUACAAACAUCGGAGUAUCCGUUUGAGAAGAUGACUACGCAGACGCAGUCCUCCGAACCUUCCAGAAACGACGCUCCCUACGACGAGAGUUACUCUCCGAGCUGCUACAUUAUCCACAACAACUUUGAGUUCUGCGGAUAUAAUCUGAAAAUCGCCCAAAUUCUGGGCGCUAACCUGGGCGUGUCGGCGUAUGUCUGGGACGCUGGGCUGGCCCUUUGCCGGUAUUUUGAAAAGAAAAAUAUUAACUUCAGCGGGAAGAAAGUGAUUGAACUGGGAUCGGGCACCGGAAUCGUCGGGAUUUUAGCGACGUUGCUCGGUGGAGAUGUAACCAUGACGGAUAAACAGAAGGUCCUGAAGCAAAUCGAAACCAAUGUCCAAGUAAACAUUCCCAGUGCCUGCAGACACCGCUUGCAAAUCCGUCCGUUGACAUGGGGUGAAGACCACACGAACUUUCCUACUGACUAUGAUUUCGUCCUGGGUUCAGAUAUUGUAUACAGUUCAGUUACCUACCCGGCUCUAAUAGAGACCUUUCGCUAUUUCACCAAACAAGGAGCUACAAUCUAUCUCUCUUCAGAAUUAAGAAAGAGGAAUGGAUCUCUCUACUUCCACGAGGAGAGUUUGCCUCAGUAUUUUGACUGCCAGGUUGUUGACAGUUUAGAGGACAAAGAUAUCACUCUGUACAAAAUGACUAAAAUCGAUAAAAGUUCUGAGCAUGAUCUUCCAACUAACGAUAGAAAUUUGCUUUUGACUGAUCUCCACACUGGGGUUCAUCCAACCUCCUUGUCACUCACUAACUAA